GGUCCAGUGGCCAGAAGGAGGGGUUUUUUUUUCCCCUACUGCAGCAGCAGCAAUAGCUAUAGCCCCGUGUGCAAAAGUGGGCGCUGCUCCUGCGGGUGCGGGGCUUGUCCUGUCUGGUCCACGCAAGCUCCCCAAGGUGCGAGGAAAGGACUGCCCGCUUCAUGGCUGCUCCUCUUUCUCCAGCCUUGCCCCUGACAAGAAGAUGGCCCUGCCUUGGAUGAGAGUCCCGGUCCUGCCUUCUUUGCUCUCUUUCCUCUUGCUGUUCCUUUGGAUCCCGAGCCCAGGCACUUCCCAACAAGAACCCUGUCAGACCUGCCAGGAUCUUGCCAGCAACUUCAAUAAGGGCCUGGAGCGGACACAGCGAGAGAACUUCGGGGGCGGGAACACAGCCUGGGAAGAAGAGAAGCUUGCAAAAUAUGCAAACAGUGAGACACGCCUACUGGAGGUGCUGGAAGGGGUGUGCACCACGUCUGACUUCGCCUGCCAUCAGCUGCUGGAGCAGAGCGAGGAGCAUGUGGAGCGCUGGUGGUUCCAUGAGCAACAGCAGUACCCUGACUUUUCCCAAUGGCUCUGCAUGGACACACUGAAGCUGUGCUGCCCACCUGGCACCUAUGGCCUGGAUUGCCACACUUGUCCUGGGGGUGCCCAGAAGCCUUGCAGUGGGUAUGGGCAGUGUGAUGGUGACGGCACUCGUGGGGGCACUGGCCUCUGUAUGUGCCAGACAGGCUACGGUGGCCCCUUCUGUUCUGAGUGUGGAGAUGGCUACUACGAAGCUGCUCGCAACGACAGCCACCUGGUAUGUGCGGAGUGCUACCGGGCCUGUGGGCGCUGUUCAGGCCCUGAAGAUUCAAGCUGUCUGCGCUGUAAGAGAGGCUGGAUGCUGCAUGACCGAAAAUGCAUUGAUAUAGAUGAAUGUGGCACAGACAUGGCGCACUGCCGCGCCAACCAGUUUUGCAUCAACACAGAAGGUUCCUAUGAGUGCCGAGACUGUGCCAAGGCCUGCAUUGGCUGCAUGGGUGCUGGACCUUCCCGCUGCAAGAAAUGCAACAAGGGUUAUCGGCGUGAUGGUGUCAAGUGUCUUGACAUGGAUGAAUGUGCUGGCGAAGCAGAGGAACCUGUCUGCACUGGAGCCAAUGAGGCCUGUGAGAACACAGAUGGCAGCUACCGGUGUGUUUGCACAGAGGGACAUGUUCGCAAAGAGGGAAUCUGUGUGGAAGACAAGCCUCCAGAUGCUCCUGAGAAAGGCUUCUUUGAUGACAUCACCGACGACGAGGUGGUUGUGCUGCAGCAGAUGUUCUUUGGCGCUAUCAUCUGUGCCUUGGCCACACUAGCUGCCAAGGGAGACAUGGUCUUCACUGCCAUCUUCAUUGGCGCCGUGGCGGCUAUGGCUGGUUACUGGCUGUCCGAGCGCAGUGAUCGGGUGCUUGAUGGCUUUAUCAAAGGCAGAUAGUGCUUGGCCAAGUGAAUGUUCCCUCCUGCUUCCUGCCUCAGAGAGCCAGCUGGCAGGCAGAAAAUCCUUGCCCCCACCCUCUGCCCCAGCAGGUCUUUUAAAUCCAGAGGAAGGAGGUGGAAAGGCAAUCCCUAUCCAGUCUGGGCUGGUGGAAACCUCAACCCAGCAUGCUGUGAAAGUAGAAAUGGUACAGGGGGAUACAUUUCUAACAUGCUCUGCAGUUCUACUAGUGGCUGAGAGGAAGGUGCUUGGCAGGAAUUAGCGUGGAGCCAGUGCCCCUUUGCGGUGCUAGAGGUCUUGUCUGGGUCACCAUCAGUGGGCCUGCAGAACAGGCACCUGUUACUCUCUCACUAGCCUGGCCCUCCAUGCAUGUGGGUGGAUGUCAACUGGGCUCCUGUCUGGAAGUCUGAGUCUCCCAUACCGGUCCAUUAACACUGACCAGGAAAAGAUUGGGUCUCUGCAGAAGAAACCUGAGAUGGGUGGGCAUGGGAUUGCUCCCCGCUGGCUCUUUGAAGGGCUCUCCCCUUGGCUGAGAGCCAGUCUACACAUUAUGCAGAAGGUGGUGCUAGGCCAGAGUCACAGAAUUCUGGACUGUGCCACCACUGGCAGAUGGGGGCUCAUAACCUUUGAAUGAUCUCCCACAUAUAAAAAUAUUCAGUAAACCAACACCAUCAGAUAGAAUGGUUUGGGGUGGAGCCCUCUCUCUGUGAGGUUCAUGCAUGCAGGGAGGGGUUUUCUGUUGUUCGUUGUGUGCGGGAGCAUCCUGAAAUUUGACAGAUACCCCCGUGGUCCGAAGAGGUACAGUCCCAGAAUUCUGCCACCUUGUUCUGCAUAAUGUGUAGAACAGCUCUGAGGCUGCCAGUGGCAGUGUGUGAGGCAGAGGAAGCUUGAGUGGCCUGCAUGUCCAUCCUUGCCCCUUUGCAUCUGUUAAACUCACAGCACUGUUUGUCCAUCCAUAUCUCAGGAAAAUUAAAGGUCUCUGUACACAUCCCGUGUCGUUCUGGCUGUCUGUAUCGUGUGCUAAUUGCAUCUGUUCUGUCAAGGCGUUCUGACUAGUCGUGUGCAUGGAACCAUCGCCUGCUGGUUCAAAGGUGGGGGGGGGGAUAUGUUUAAGGAUGGAGGAGGGUGGUCUUACCCCUCCUGCUGCAUUUCCCCUGCUGGCGCUGUCUUUGAAAAUGGUCCAGCAGGGUGGCAGUGUACCUCGUUGCCGCCCUGGUGCCUCCUCAGACCAGAAGUAACUGGUGCACAUGUGCAUGUCACGCUCAGUCGCAUGCACGUCGCAGAGCACUUCCGGUCCAAAGAGGCUCUGGGGAGCAGGGGUGUGACUAUAAUAGGGCAAGGGGAGACAGUUGUCAGGGGGCCCACUGCCUGGGGGGGCCCUCCAGAGGCAAGUCACAUGACUGACUCCCCCAGCCGCGCACCCGCCCAGGCUUCCUUCAGUUGUAUUCAUCCUCCGAAAUGGAUGUGAGUGUUAAAACCUGGAGCUACCAGAACAGCAGGUCUUUCUCUAGUACCUUUAAAUGACUUGUAUUGUCCACAAUUUAUAUAACCUUUAAAAAAAAAUUAAGAUGAUGUUCUAUUGUGGCACAUAGAUAGAUAGAUAGAUAGAUAAAUUCUACUAUGCUUUUUGUUACCACUAUUCAGCCUCAUUUAAGAUUUCUUUACUUCAUGAGCUGAGCUUCAGUGAGGGUGUGCUGCCACCCUGCUGGACAACUUUCAAAGACAGCGCCAGCAGGGAGAAUGCGGCGGGAGGGGAAAGAGCACCCUCCCCCAUCCUUAAAUAUAUCCCCCUUACCUUUGAACCAGCGGAAUAGCUGGACUUUCGAAACAGUUUGGAGGUCCAUAAAGGUCCUCCGAACCGGUUCUGUGGACAUCCCUAGUUCUGACUUGGGUUCAGAUCCUGGGGCCAAAUAUCUUUUGGUGCUUUAAAAAAAAAAGCCUUUCCGUGAAAUUUCUGUGCUGUGUUUUAUAAUCUUCUCUCUCUCACACACGCACAGUACUCAAAUCUUCUCCAACUCAUGAAUAGUGGGAAGUGAUUUUUGGCAUUUUCCAUCAGGAGGAAACUGAAGGGGCAGACUUUAUCUCUCCUCCUGGACUUUGGAGUUCAGCUGGCAAACCGUGGGAAGGAUGAAAAGCCCCUGCUUUACUCCCCUUCCCUUGCUUUCAAUACCAGAGAAUUGUCUCUCCUGUGCCUCCCUUGUUAGGUGAGAUGAGGUGUGCCUGAAAGGAGAGGGGUUGAUUAAAGGGGAUCCUCUGUGAUGUUCCCCAGAGUAGUGGGGCAGACAUGGCAGCAGAGAAAGCAAAAGACCCACAAGCUGCUUUGAGGCAAGUGCAGAACUGCAACCUCUCUGCCUCUACCCCUUUCAUGGAGGACUAAACUUUACCAUAUUUUAAAUAUGCGCUGUGUGAGUGUUUAAAUUAAACAACAUCCACAGUAGAGACCUCACUGAGAUUGCAGCACAUGCAGAGGGGCCAUUUAACCCUUUCCUCUCAUGCCAUAGACCUAGUGAAAAUGCCCCCAUACUCCAAAGCUGCUGUUCGCCUCAGGAGGGAGACUCCCAUUAGCACCAAUGGGCUUCUCCCUUCCAAUGUGGUUUCAGGAGAGGUGUUUGUAUAAGGGCUGUAGCUUGAGGGAAGAGAGUUAAAUAUCCUCUCCCAUGUGCCACAAUCCCAUCAUGUUUGGGUCCCUCCCAUACAGCUACUGUUUUAAGUUAAAGAGAUGAUGGCCUGUCACUUGCUAACAAUGUAGCUGGAGAUUUUGGCACCAUCCAUCCAGAAGAAGCAAGUUCACCACAUUAAUCCCUGGAAGUGCAACUAUAUGGUCUUGUUGAAAGCUCCUCCCUCCUCUCUAGUCAAUUAACAGAUUAUGUACUCUUCAGAAGUACUGUCAUUCCCUAACUCAGUCACAUAACUGGAGUCAUUCUCCAAAUGUUGAUCUUGUUUCCAAUACCUCUCCCUAUUUCCUCUAAUGGCAGGACCCAUCACCCAGUAUUCUUUGGUUUCCAUGGCUACUGCAGCCAUUCCCAGAGUUCUUUGCUUCUGAAGUCAAGAGCUAAUAUAGUGUGGCAGUCUGGUUUUUUGGAUUUCCCCCCACCAUCCCUCCAAACACGCAUUCCCUGCAUGAAAUAAAAUAAAUAAAUAAAUAGUUUAGAAUUGUACUUCAUCCAUAAACCAUUGAAAGAGUAGGAAAUUUCAUGUUGACUGUGAGUGUACCACAAUUCUUCAAAAUGUCAAAGUUGUUAGGAUGAUGAAUGAAUCAGAAACAUUGUUGCAUUGAAAAUGAUUUAAGCAUAUAUGAUGAUGUAAUAACAAUUUGGUUUUCUAAGAAGAGUGGUAUGGAUGGAGCCACUGUUCCUGUGGCUGCAGUAGUUUGCAAGGGAAGGCAAGCUGGCCCGUGUGCACUCUUAACGCUUGAGAAUCUAUGCUUGGAAUAGGACUUGACAUGAAAUUUGGGCAGGAAGCUAGAUUGCAUAGACCAGCUUGAACUACAGCAGCGCAGGCUGUCAACUGUGCCACUGCAGUGAGGAGCAGAUGCUUCGCCUGCCAAAACAGCACCUCUCACUCCUGCCAUUAUUCAUAGUACAGUUUGUAUUGCCUUUCACGCAGGACUGUAUGUGGUCUGAGCUUUAAAAAUAAGGAAAGAAAUAAAAAUAGCACCUUA